AAAUUCAGCAUGGCGGACAACAGCACACGCAAACGAAAACGUGUGAGCAAAAACAAGAAAAAGACCUGGCGAAAAACAGAUAUCUCAGAGGUUGAGGAAUAUUUAGAAGAUAAACGUCUUCAAGAACGUACUGGUGGCCUUGUAGCAGAGAAACCGGAUGAAGCACUAUUCUUCAUAGAUAAAGAAACAGUCAAAGAUGAAGUCCCAACCAAAAGAAGCAGGAGGGAGCCAAGGACACUGCGUUGCUUUGCCAAUCUUGAACCAAAUCCUCGAAUCAAGGCAGCCAGCAAAAGUGUGAAUAUUCGAACUGCCCACACAUAUGAAAAGAAGAAAUCGAUUCGAGUCAAGGAGAGGGAGGCAAAGGGUAUUGUCACAAUCACGGCCAAGAAAGCAAAGGAACAGAAAAAGAAGGCUACGGCAGCUAGCAUCAAGAAAAUGUUGGAUAAAAGGCAGCCGCUUACGGCUGAUUAUGAUCUGUGGGGAACUGGUGAGAAAGCAAAAGCUCCAGCAGAUGAUGAAUAUCACAAACGAAUUACAAAGAAACUUCCCAUAAAGAAGCCAGCCCACACCUACAAGAAGCCAUCUGGUCUUCCAGCCAUUGAAAUGGCUCACCCUGGUGCUUCGUACAAUCCUGCUUAUGAGGAUCACGUGGAAUUGUUGCAAAUGGCACAUGAAAUUGAGGUUAAGAAGGACAGAGAAGAAAAAAGAAUAACUCGGUCACUUGACGAGAAAUUUCCAUCAAAAGCCGAGGCACCGACACACCAAACCUGGGUCCAGGAGAUGAGUGCAGGACUUUAUGAGGAAGCAAGUGAUAAUGAGGAUGUUGGGGACGUGGAUAAGCUCUCCGUCAAUCCACCUGUCAGGCGGGAAAAUAAGAAAACUGUCACGCAGAGGAAUAAGGAAAAGAAAGCAAGGGAGUUGGAAGAGAAACGAAAGAAAGACAAGGAAAGCAGGAUAAAGGACACUGAAAUUUUCCGUCUGAGGAGUUUCAAGAAAGCUGUAACAGAGCGUGAGAAGGACUUGGCGGAGAAGGCAAGACGAAAAGCCGAAUUGAAGGAGAAGAAUAAAGAUAACACUAAGGUGUUGGGAAAGAUGAAAUUUGAAGCCCCAGAUGUUGAAAUCAAACUUGGGGAUGAAUUGAGGGGAUCAUUGCGGUUAUUAAAGCCUGAGGGACAUCUCAUGGAAGAUCGAUUCAAGAGUUUCCAGAAACGUAAUAUCAUUGAACCAAGACUGAGAGCAAAGUACAAGAAAACGUACAAAGACAAGAAAUUCGAGAAGAACACUCACAGGGAAAUUACGUUAUGAUAACAUCACAAAGAAAACCAAAGGAAGGGAGAAGAAAAGGCUGAAAAACCAUGCUGUUUAAAAUCUGUGAUUUUAACUGUACAUAGAGUCACUAAAAUGUACAUUAAAAUGCAUUUCCACGCCA